AUGGCCGGGAGGCCGUGGGACGCGCCGGGCGGGACCUUGAAGGACAAUAGCAGCGCGCUCCUCAACGCCUCUCAGCAGGUGCCCGACGGUGGUGGGGACGCGCGGCCGCGACCCUCGUGGCUGGCCUCCACGCUGGCCUUCAUCCUCAUCUUCACCAUCGUGGUGGACAUCCUGGGCAACCUCCUGGUCAUCCUGUCCGUGUAUCGGAACAAGAAGCUGAGGAACGCAGGAAACGCGUUUGUGGUGAGCCUGGCCGCGGCGGACCUGGUGGGGGCCGUGUACCCGUACCCCUUGGUGCUGGCCUCGGUACUUCACAACGGGUGGAGCCUGGGCUACCUGCACUGCCAGGUCAGUGCUUUCCUCAUGGGCAUGAGCGUCAUCGGCUCCAUCUUCAGCAUCACCGGCAUUGCCAUUAACCGCUACUGCUACAUCUGCCACAGCCUCAAGUACGACAAGCUGUACAGCAACAGGAACUCCCUCUGCUGCGUGUGCCUCAUAUGGAUGCUGACUCUGGCGGCCAUCAUGCCCAACUUGCGCGUGGGAACCCUGCGGUACGACCCGCGCAUCUACUCCUGCACCUUCGCGCAGUCAGUCUGCUCCACCUACACCAUCGCCGUGGUGGUUUUCCACUUCAUCCUCCCCAUGGUCAUCGUCGUCUUCUGUUACCUGAGAAUCUGGAUCCUGGUCCUCCAGGUCAGAUGGAGGGUGAAGCCCGACAAGAGACACAAGCUGAAGCCCGAGGACUUCAGAAACUUUGUCACGAUGUUCGUGGUUUUUGUGCUCUUUGCCGUCUGCUGGGCUCCGCUGAACUUGAUUGGCCUGGCAGUGGCCUCGGACCCUGCCAGCAUGGGCCCCAGGAUCCCAGAGUGGCUGUUUGUGGGCAGUUACUACAUGGCGUAUUUCAACAGCUGCCUCAAUGCCAUUAUUUAUGGACUACUGAACCAGAAUUUCAGGAAGGAAUACAGGAGAAUCAUAGCGUCCCUGUGCACAGCCAAGACGUUCUUUGUGCGGAGCACUAAUGAGGCAGCCAAGAGUGUCAAGGGCAAACCCUCUCCGUUAACGACCAACAAUAACCUAAUAAAGGUGGACCCUGUUUAA